AUGCCGUUAAAUCUCUCCUUGUAUCUGGUUACCGACUCGACUCCAGCUAUCCUCAAGGGCCGUGAUCUGUGCACGGUGGUGGAGGAAGCUUUGAAAGGAGGUGUCACGAUAGUCCAAUACAGGGACAAGAAAAGUGAUACAGGAGAGCAGAUUCAGACAGCUAAGAAGCUGCAUCAGAUUACCCAGAAGUAUGGGGUUCCCUUGCUGAUCAAUGACCGUGUGGAUGUUGCUCUUGCCGCUGGAGUUGAGGGUGUCCAUCUCGGUCAAGAUGACAUGGCCAUUGAACAAGCAAAGCAGCUUCUUCCUAAGGAUUCUAUUAUUGGUAUCACUGCUGCCUCGAUAGAAGAGGCUCAAAAGGCCAUUGAUGCCGGCGCGGACUACCUCGGGAUAGGAACCAUGUUCGCAACUCCAACCAAGACCAACACCAAGCACAUCAUCGGAACAGCCGGUACACAGGCUAUUCUUGAUGCUAUCUCGGACACGGGCCGCUCUGUCGGGACCGUCUCAAUUGGUGGAAUCAAUCUCUCCAACGUUCAACGAGUCCUUUACCAGUCCAGAGCUCCCAGGAAGGAACUUGACGGUGUUGCCAUUGUCAGUGCCAUUAUAGCCGCGGACGACCCUAAGGCCGUAGCAGCUGAAUUCGUGAAACGUAUCGCCACUCCCCCGCCAUUCGUACGAGCCCCAGCAGCUCCUCAGAUCCGUGAAGUUGCUGCACUACAGGAGGAGGUGCCAAAGAUCGUCCAAAAGGUCGUACAAGCGCACCCUCUUGUGCACAAUAUGAUCAACUUUGUUGUAGCUAACUUCGUUGCUAAUGUUGCUCUGUCAAUGGGCGCUUCUCCUAUCAUGGCCCCACAUGGGGAUGAAGCUGUGGACCUCGCGCAGUUCGACGGCGGCCUAGUCGUCAACAUGGGUACCUUGACUAGCGAGAGCGUUCCCAACUACCUCAAAGCCAUCAAGGCUUACAACGAGCGUGGUAACCCUGUUGUCUAUGACCCUGUUGGUGCUGCCGCUACGCACAUCCGUCGCGGAGCAGUCAAACAGCUCAUGGCAGGAGGAUAUUUCGAUCUCAUUAAAGGCAACGAGGGAGAAAUCCGGCAGGUCUUUGGAAGCAGUGGCGUGACUCAGCGUGGUGUUGACAGCGGUCCGAGCAGCCUGGAUGGUCAAGCUAAGGCCGUCCUAGCCCGGGACCUGGCUCGGAGAGAGCACAACCUUGUUCUUCUCACUGGCGCCGUUGAUUAUCUCAGCGACGGCGAGCGAGUUAUCGCUGUGGAGAACGGACACGAGCUCCUUGGGCAAGUCACUGGCACCGGCUGUGCCGUCGGAACCGUAUCCGGCUGCUUCCUAACUGCCCACCCAUCCGACAGACUCCUGGCUGUCCUGUCCGGUAUUCUAAUGUACGAGAUCGCAGCGGAGAACGCCGCCUCGAAAGAAUACGUGCGGGGACCCGGCAGCUUUGUUCCUGCAUUCCUCGACGAGCUCUACGCCAUCCGCCAGGCAGCCCUGAAGGGAGACCACAGCUGGUUUACCGGACGGGCCAAGAUCCAAGUGAUCGAUUUGUAA